AAUCGAGCAUGACACAGCCUGUGCUACAUUCGUCUUGGGAAAAAGAGACCACCUAUUUUGUCAUCGUGAUUCCGAUUACGCCAUCCCUUUCGUGGGACCGAUUCAGACUCAAUAAAAUAAACUGUUGGCGCUGUGCGUGUGGGUUGCGCAGAAGGCGAACGUACGCUUAAAAGUGAGAUUGCCCUAGCGGUAUCAUAGCGAUAUAUAACCUAUUCGCUUAGAAGAAGAAGAAGCAUAGCAUUGGAUGAAUCUGUUUUGCUGUUAUCUAAAAUUUUGUUAAAUGGCAUUUUUAGUUCGAGGCAGCAUCUGUUCGGUACGGUUUAGUCGCAGCUACGCAUCAAUGUCGAAGAAACAGGGUCUAGUUUUGGGUGUUUACUCAACGGAUGGGAAGGAUGAGGUGAAGUUUACGCCAUACGCCCAGAAGUACAACGAAUCAACAGCUGGCAAGCUGCUGGAGCAAAUUAAUAUAUCCACUCUUAACAUGUUCUAAGCCCACAACGGGGCUUACCUUGGUGCACACAGUUGCAGUCGGUAGACACAGAAGUGGGUGAUUCGAAACAAGUCAACAAUUGCUUAGAGAAACACACUACUCCGCCAUAGUUUGAAGUACAGAUGAAGUAAAAGUGUCCGUGAAAAGGGCGUGUGUAUUUGCUGCUGGAAGGAUGUUGCGUGGGAAAAGACUGUUUAAUCCCACGACGGACAUAUGCAUUCGGGAUGCAGCACUUAUUAUUAUGUGAUGUGCAGGUUGAAGCGAUCAAUGCAUAGUCUUAAGACGUUGAACAUGUUUCGAGCGAUUUUUAAAAGCAGUUUAGUUUAAUGUAGUUUUGGUGCGAUUCGGUUAUCGUUUUGCGGGUUAUCUUAGUGUGACUGAUUACUGUCGGGGAGAGUUUGUUUUGCUUGCUCCCUCUCUCUCUUUCGCGUGUAAUACUUAUUUACGAUCGAGUAGCGAUCGCAGUGCAGCAAUCAUUUGGAUCGAUUAAUUACAUACCGGAAAGUGUUUGUGUGUGAGUGCUGUGUGUCUGUGUCUGGCUAGACGAUUGAGCUCCAUUUAUUACGCGUAUUAUUAAACCACAACCACCAUCUCAACAAUAACAAAACGGUGAUCACUUCGAAGAUGUCUUCAGGAACGGGUGGUGGUGCCAGCGGUAGUAGUGCCGGUGGACCCGGUAUCGGCCCGGGCAGCAGUAGCAGCGGUAGCAGCAGUGGCAAGAAACGGCUUGCCACGCUGAACGGCAUCCCGACGAGCGUCGACGAUAAGACGAACGAUUUUCUCUGCCCGAUCUGCUUUGACAUCAUCAACGAGGCGUACAUAACGCGCUGUGGCCACACGUUCUGCCAUCAGUGCAUUGCGCGAUCGAUCGACGUCGCGAAAAAGUGCCCCAAGUGCAACUAUCCGCUCGCGUCCCACGAGCACAUUGUGCCGAACUUCCUGCUGAACGAGCUCAUCACCAAGCACCGGUUAAAAGGUGGGGUUGGUGUUAGUGGUGGUCUCCUGCAUCGGCACAAAUCCCUGCCCGGUGAACAUUCACCCCAGUUGCAUGCGGGCGGUGGUAUGUGUGGUGGUGGUGACGCGACUGCCGGCGGUGAAGGCGACACAUUGAAGCACUUUCUGGCGACGGAAUCGAAAAAGCUGUCCCUGUCGGACGUGAACGUGAUGCUGGAGAUACUGACGCAGCGCAAAACGUUGCUGGAGGCGGAAUCCUGUGCCGCCCAGAAUCGGUUGCUGCACGAAUUUCUAAAACAUCUGCUCAAACAGAAGGAACAACAGCAGCUACAGAUCGCGAACGAAAUUGCACUGAUCCGGAACGAUCUGCUGGACGUGGAGAAGGUGCUGAAGGAUGUGCAGAGCAGUUGCCCGACUGUGGCAGAGGUCGAGCAGAGUGUGCGCGACGAGAAGGAUGAAAAUGUGGUCGCGAUCAAGCGGGAAAUUAUACAAAUCAUAGACACGAUCGACAAUAUAGCGGUACCGUCGAAUCGAUCACUCAUCGACGAUACGUGCUCGAACGUGACCGAGCCGUAUGAGGGAUUCAACUUGCACGGUACACGCCGUGGCCAGGCUGGAUCAAUUUCCGGCGGUUCACUAUCAUCAACGCCGUCUUCCUUUCUGGCACGGAAGCAACGAAUGUAUCAACAUUUCGAUGAUUUCGUGCAGUGCUACUUUGCGGCCCGGAGUGAAGAUCUGUACUUUGGGAAGGAUCGUUCCUGUAGCUCGGAUUCGCUCGGUGUUGGAGAGCGUUCUACCUCGAGUGGUGCUAGCAUUGGUACGGGCACGGGUAUCGGUGGUGGCGGUGGAGGUGGAAGCUUAAACAGUGACAGAUUGAUGGGAGGCGUACAACCGGCAGCAACGUCAAACGCCUCCAGCCAAUCCAAUCUCGAUAACACGCGUUCCAGUGGGCGCUCGUCACUGGACACAUUCCGGGAGAGUUUGAUCAAGUUUUCCAAGUACAGCGCAUUGCGGCCACUGGCCACACUGAAUUAUUCGAACGAUUCGAACUACGUUUCGACGAUAGUGUCGAGCAUCGAGUUCGACAAGGACAGUGAGUACUUUGCGAUCGCAGGCGUUACGAAGCGGAUCAAAAUUUUCGACUACUAUACGGCAAUCCGUGAUGCGGCGGUAGACAUCAACUAUCCGAUCAACGAGAUGACCUGCAACAGCAAAAUAUCCUGCGUCAUCUGGAACAGCUACUUCAAGCAGGUGCUGGCAUCGAGCGACUACGAAGGUAUCGUCACGAUCUGGGACGUUCUAACGCGCACGCGUACGAAAACGUUCGAGGAGCACGAUAAGCGCUGCUGGUGCGUCGAUUUUAACGAAGUCGAUACGCGCCUACUAGCGUCCGGAUCGGACGAUGCACGGGUGAAGCUGUGGUCGCUCAACGUGGACCAUUCGGUGGCGACGAUCGAGGCACGGGCGAACGUAUGCUGCGUAAAGUUUAAUCCAAAGAGCUCCUGCCAUUUGGCGUUCGGUACGGCAGACCACUGCGUGAACUAUUACGAUCUGCGCAACCUUAAGCAACCGCUCUGUCUGUUCAAGGGUCACCGGAAGGCGGUGUCGUACGUGAAGUUUCUUAACACGGACGAAAUCGUUUCGGCCAGUACGGACGGACAGCUGAAGCUGUGGAACAUCAACUCUCCGCCGUUCUGCUUGCGUUCCUUUACGGGACACAUCAAUGAGAAGAACUUUGCGGGGCUAGCGACUAACAAUGAUUAUCUGGCGUGCGGUAGCGAGGACAAUUCGCUUUGCGUCUACUACAAAGGUCUUUCGAAGCAGCUGUUUAAUUUAAAGUUUUCCAGCGGUGGUAGCGGUAAUGGUGGGUCGGGUAGUGCCGCUGGUACCGGUAGCAGUAGUGGCAUUGGUAAUAGUAGUUCACGCACAAGCGGCCUACAGUCGACGGAUAUGGAGCGCAGCAACUCGGAGGGGAAUGAGUUUGUGUCGGCCGUUUGCUGGCGAAAGCAGAGCAACGUUAUCAUUGCUGGGAAUAGUGAGGGUGUAAUUAAGAUACUGGAAAUAGUGUAAUCAAAUGUAAAUAGACCGCUUGACAAACACGUUUGGUGGUUGUCACGGAUUUUGCGAAUAUCGAUGGAAGUUGAAGUACGCAAUAAGAGGAUAGAUUACAAACGAUGUAAUAGUAGCCAAGUAAUGUGCAAAGAAGGGAACCGUUAUUUAGUGAAUAUAUUUAAUCCAACGGUGGAUUGAUGUUUUUUUUUUGUAGGGAAAAGGGACAAACAAAGGAAAGAUACGGCGCUGUUGCAUACGAUGAUCGUGUUCCAUUGAUUUCAUUUGAUCGCGCACAAAUCUACAAGAGGAACUUGUUUGUUUUUUUAUAAGAAAAAAGCUGCUUUAGCAAGCAAAACAUGCAAAACCUGCAAUGCAAGUUGCGUUCUUUUAGAGCAUGUUCAUCAAUCACACUGCUGUAUUGCCACACGGUGGUAACGCGACUGGCGUAACUAACAUUAUUCCGUUGAGAGUUUAGUCUUAGUUUAGCUUUAGUACAAGUUACAGAAAAUCAUACAUUUCACUGCAAUGCGAUGAUGAUGAUGCAUAUUGCAUCUGAUCUGGUAUAAUGUACAUUUCGUUCGCUAAACAGUUAGCGUGAAGCAGCAGAAGAGCGCCAGCCCGAGCGCGCAUUCCUUCGUAUAAUUCAUUUUAGUUCUAGCGUUCGUGUUGUUUUUUGGUGUAGUCGAUUGUUUUAGGUGUAGGAUACGAUUUGUUGAUUGCAAAAUUUUGUUAAUAGUUUUCCAAAUGUCCGUUUUUAUAUCUUGUAACUACUGCUGCUCGUUUCUAGUUCUAAAUUUUUUUCAAACACAAAGCAAACACACGGCCACGUUCAAAAAGGUAUUUGUUGUACAGGGUUCAAACCAACAAUGUAGAACGUUUCGAAAACAUUCUCUCUAGAAAGGGUGCGUAUUUAUUGUGGCAAAAGCCUAUUACAAAGGGGCCGCCCAAAGGAAGGGUAAAUAAAGAGAAGAGAGUUUCGCUAUUUUUGUACAGGUAGAAGAUAAUUGUAGACAGAUGUGUGUGUGUAACCAUGUGGCUUUUAAAGGUGAUCAGUUUAGUGAUGAUAAUAAGAACGAAUUGUACUAACUAAUACACUGUUUCAGUUAAAAUCGCUGUUCUCGAACCUAAAGAGGGGGUUGGGGGGGAGUAUUACACUUCGUUACAAUCGUUUCGUCCACUUGUAUUUCAUUAACUCACAUUGUGCAGUUCGAUAUGAGCGUUUCCUUGAAUUAACACGAACCCGAAAUAAAGAAUCCGUUCAAAUCUCUUUCAUA